AUUCAACAUGAAGAUUCUGACCGUCUUCCUCCUUGUGGCAAUUUCUGCAAAUUGUGCCACUCCGUGUGAUCAUCAGGAUGCUGUCAAAUCAAUGGAAUGUAAACCGUUACUGGGGCAGUUGGCUGGUGAAAUGGCUAAACACGCGGAUAUACCACCGCCAGACGAGCUCAAAGAGUUCUCGUUGUUGUGUGAACAGACCCUUGCUUGUAUGGAGCAAGUAAAAUGCGAUUUGCUCAAAAAUGCAACUGGUCUGAUCGCCAAAACAUGCACCGGAAUCAAAUUGAUGUCUGGUCCAUUUGGACAAUGUAUUGAUGACCUCCGCAGCACUCCACCAUCGCUGAAAAAGUAUCCAUGCGGGCGAUUCUUGAAAACGGAGAAAGGGCGCCCGGGAAAUUGUCAAAUGUAUCAGGAUGAGCUCGAAUGCACAAAACAUUUGACAUCUGAUAGGUGUGGAAAAGAAGCUGUUGAUUCGAUGAAUAAACAUAUGGGAUAUAUUCUUGGAAUGAUGGAAUGUCCUGUUUCUGUAUGAAAAAUCGAUAAAUGAACAUUUAUUUUAUU